GAAAAUAUAGGAAAAUGUGGGGAUCCAGUUAUUCGUGUGUCUUUAUUUGUGUGUCCCAGGGCCCCUUUACUCAGGUGGUGGGCGUGGACCUGUCGGAGCAGCGGCUGGCCGCGUGCCGCACGGUCGUGAAGAAGUACGGCCUCCAGGGCGUGGCGCGCCUCUCGCUCGGCGACGGGGCGGCCUGGCGGCCCUCGGCGGCCUCGUGGCUGGACCUGGACCCGCCGCGCGGGCGCGGGCAGCGCGGCCGCAAAAACGGCGGCUGGCGGCCGCCACAGCCGCGGCUGCGGCCGGGGCCGCCGCGGAGGAGGCUGCCGAGGAGGCAGGAGCUCAGACGGCCGACGGCUGCCCCGCCGUCUUCGACCGCGUCCUCGUGGACGCGGAGUGCACGCACGACGCCUCGCUGCGGCACCUGCAGAAGUUCGCCACGCAGUGGGGCUGGGACACCCUGGGCGAGCGGGUGCCGUGGGUGCGGCGGGAGGGGCUCUUCCAGCUGCAGUCCUCGCUGCUCGCGAACGGCUUCUCCCUGCUGCGCGAGGGCGGGACGCUGGUGUACUCGACGUGCUCGCUCUGCCGGUCCCAGAACGAGGACGUGGUCUCUUCGUUGCUGGCGCACCAGCCCUCAGCCGCGCUGGCGCCUUUGCCGCUGCCCCUCGGGCUGCUGGGCGGGGACUGCACGCUCUCUGGGGCGAACGCAGGGGCGCCCCCCGCCAGGCCCUCGCUGCUCGAAGGCGACGGCCCGGCCGGGGGCGCACCCCGCCACUGCACCGCGCGCUUCGACCCCGUGGUGUCGGGCACCAGCGGGCUCUUCGUCGCCCGGAUCGUCCGUCGCGCGAUGUGAGCGGUGCCCG